UCCAUCUUCCAACAACACCUUCAAAUUAACGUAGUACUAGUACUACAUACCAAUACCAUGAUGAUGAAAUCCGCAUUGUUUCUUGUUUUCCUAUUGUUCAACCUCAUCUCCCUCCUUCCAUCUCAUGGGAAUGCUCAGUCCUCCUGCAACGGUCCAUGUCAAACCUUAAACGACUGUGAAGGUCAGCUCAUCUGCAUCAAUGGACAAUGCACCGACGACCCCAAUGUCGGAACCAACAUAUGUGGCGGAAACACUCCAUCCCCUUCGACCGGCAAUUGCGAUCCAUCUGGCACUCUCACGUGCGGUAGCCAAUCCUACCCUACCUACACGUGUUCUCCUCCCGUCUCCUCCUCCACACCCGCCAAGCUCACAAACAACGAUUUUAGUGCCGGAGGAGAUGGUGGAGGACCCUCUGAAUGUGACGGCAUGUACCAUUCAAAUAGCGACCCAAUCGUUGCAUUGUCGACUGGGUGGUACAGUAGUGGCUCGAGGUGUGGGAAGAUGAUAAAAAUCACGGCGAGUAAUGGGCAGACCGUGGAGGCGAAGGUGGUGGACGAGUGCGACUCGAUGCAUGGUUGUGAUGCGGAGCAUGCCGGACAACCGCCGUGCAAAAAUAACGUAGUUGAUGGGUCCGACGCGGUGUGGAGUGCUUUGGGGCUGGAUAAGGCCAUAGGUGUGGUCGACGUUACUUGGUCUGACUAAAAAGUUUCACAACGCCACAUGAAAUAAUCGCAUAAUUAUAAGUAUCGUAUUAAAAAAAUAAUAUGUUUUUGGGUUAGUUAUGUUUGUUUGGAUUGAAUUGUUUUUGUUGUAUGGUCUCUUUUGGUAAUACAUGAAAAAGUAAUCUAUUGACUUAUUUA